AUGGGUACUUGCAACUUUCAAGUUGAUACAAUCUCUCAUUGGCUAAUUGAAGGCUAUUUGGGUCCCAUUAAUCAUGUGGAAGAGGCUUAUGGGGAAGGACACCAAAUUCUGAUGGAGCUUAUAAAUCGUGGCGUGCUAAAAAUUCAAGAGGAUAAUAUCAUUGUCAUGGAAGGAUCAAUGCUGAAUUUGGUCGAUCAUCGUCUUCGCGGAUAUUUUGCAACUGCUAAAGUGGGGCUGGCAAAUGUGCUCAAGGUUGAUAAAUGGAAAGGUCUUGGGAGAAUCACACUGGUUGAUGGUAUGAUCAAAAUGCUACAUACUGGCAUAAAAGGGGAAAAGAUUUCCACAGUACUGAUUGAUGGAAGUCAUCUCUCACGAGAAGUACCGCAAACGUUCUUUCAGCACAUGUGUGAACUAGAAGUUCUUGCUCUUUUUUAUCCCAGACUCAAGUUCCUCCCCUCAUCUUUGUCUAAUAUGGAGAAUUUACUUGUGCUUGUGCUAACCUGUGAUUUAUUGGAGGACAUAAGCUGCAUCAAAGAACUCAGGAGUUUGACUGUUCUCGAGAUAUCCAAUGCUAGCGCCUGGAAAAACAUCCCAGACAAUCUAUUUGAAAAACUAUCUCGCCUUCAAAGCCUUAACCUAUCUGCACUUGGCAUUAAAUCGUUCACUCUUUCCAACUUGAGGGAGCUUCGCUGGCUCUUUCUUAGACAGUGUUCUUGCUUGGAAGAAUUGCCCAAACUACAAGCAUUUACAAACAUUGAAGUGCUUGAUCUCUGUGGCGCUGCCUCUUUGAGAAGGUUCCAGGACAAGAACUCUGCCCCUCUGCAGAAACUUCAGAUCCUUGACCUUUCAAACACUAGAAUUGAACGCCUACCCAUAUUUCAUGAUCCUAAAAGGUAUCCAUUUCUUAAAGACCUCAGGCGGCUACUGCUCAGUGUUUGUAAUCACUUAGCUAGACUUCCCAGUCUAAAACCAUUAUCUGGUCUUCAAAUUGUUGACCUUUCUGGUGCUAAUAUGUUGAAGGAAUUUAGUGAUGAAUCCUUUGAAAAAAAUGAUGUGCUUAAAAUUCUUGAUCUUUCUGGUACUUCUAUAAGUCAAUUGUCUUUUGACGAUCUCAAAUUGAGAGGAUAUUCCAGGCUGGAAGAACUGCCUUGCACAACAACUCUCACAGACAUCGAGUUACUUGAUCUUUCUAAUGCCUCUAGCUUGGAAAGAUUUAGAGACAAAUCCUUUGAGCAUCUGAAACUUCUUCGUUAUCUCAACCUUUCAAAUACCAAGGUUACACAUCUGCCUUCACUUUCCAGACUUCAUAACCUUCGUGAGCUUUUGCUAAGGAAUUGUGUUUGUGUAAAGAAACUGCAAAAUGUUAACCAGCUUAAAAGGCUCGAAUUCCUUGAUCUUUCAGGUUGUCGAUCUCUGACAGAAAUACAAGAAGGAUCCUUUGAGCAGAUGCCUAGGCUUCAGACCCUCAACCUCUCUGAAACUAAAGUUAAAUUCCUGCCAUCUCUUUGCGGUCCAGGUAACCUCUGUCAUCUUCAAUUGAGAAACUGCACCAGCCUAGAAAAACUUUUUCCGCUGGAAUCUUUAUCGAAACUUGAAGUACUUGAUCUAUCUGGUUCAAGGUCUUUAUCUGAAAUCAAAGCUGAAAGCUUUGGGUUAACAAGCCUUGAAACUCUUGACCUAUCAGAAAUCACGCUUGUAGGGCACUUAUCCAUGUCUCACCUUUCCAAGUUAAGCAAUCUCACUCAGCUUUCACUGAAAGGUUGUUUGGCCUUGGAAGAAGAGCCAUGCCUGGAAGUUCUUACAAAACUUAAGGUUCUGGAUUUCUCUGGGACAGCUGUUAAUUCUCUCCCAUCUGUGGACAAGCUUAUCCACUUUAGAAAAUUUUUGCUUAGAGGUUGUUCCAGGUUAGGAAAGUUGCCGUCCCUGAAAUCACUCUCUCGUAUGCAGGUUCUUGAUCUAUCAGGUACAGGAAUCAAGGAACUUCCUGAUGGGAUUUUGGAUUUGACUUAUUUAAAUCACCUUGAUCUACCUGACUUGAAAGUUCUUCAGGAAGUUGGCUGGGACAAAGUAAAGCACAUACCUGAGGAGCUAAACUGGGAUCAAUGCAGUAUUACAGAGCCAGUACAAAUUCUUUUAGAUGGUGAGGAGAAACCUUGCAUACUAGUAAAUGGUACCAAAUUUUUUCAAGCAUUGAGAGAAAAUCCCGAGUUAAGAGAGAUGUGUUUGAAACAGAUGUCUCUCUCAGUUUGUCCUAUGAAUCAAGACAACUAUAGUAAUAACUAUCCCCUCAGAGAUGAACUGAUGAACAAUAUCUACUUCCAGCUUAGGCAUUUUUCUGAUUGUAAGGAGCAGAGGCAGACCAUGGAAAUUCGUGGAUUUGAUGAAUUUCCCACUGGUCUUGACAAUGUCCUCAAGGAUGUUGAAUAUCUCUCCUUGGUUGAAAAUCCAUUCAUGAGUCGUUUGUCUGAUUUAGGCAUUGUCAACUUGAGGAAGAUCAAGGGUUUUUGGCUGGAGAAAUGUUCUAAAUUGAAGAGCAUUCUUUGCGAUGAAACAGAUGUGAAACUGGGGGAAGAUCUGGAGAUUUUAUGGAUCUCAUUGCAAAGUCUAUGCAGUGAGAAGGUGAAUCUGAAUAAUCUUCAACAUUUGCACAUAGAUUGUUGUCCAAUGCUCGAGUAUGUUUUCCCUAUCCCACCUGUGCUGGAGAACCUCAAGACCCUUCAGAUUAAAUUCUGUGAUAAAGCGAAGAGAGUAUUUAAGGGUAACGAGUCAAGCAAGUAUUCUUUGCAGAACUUGCACACAUUGUGUCUGGUAGAACUGCCUGAGCUGACAAGUGUUGGGGCUAAAUUACCUGCUCUAGAUGUAUUUUAUCAUAAUGAAUGCCCCAAGCUGAAGGAUACAAAAGAAAGUCUAAUGUCGAGGAUGCAUGCAUCUGAGUGAAUUGCUCGAGCUUUAGUGGAGUUGCCAUGUCUGCUACCUUCUCAAGUUAUGGACUGAAGCAAGAAGCUGUCCAGUGUGAUCAGAGAGUUAGCAGCAGAAAGUUGAAUGGCCGUGGCAUACAUAACUUGAGCUUGGUGGUUGGUAUUUUCAGGUUUAAGUUUGGAUUCUCCUAUUGUAACUCAAGAAAACUUGAACUUGGUAUUCUAGUUUGCAUUUUCUUAUACUACUCUCACCCUACUUCUUGAUGAUGAUGAUAAUGGAGAGAGAGUAUUUCGUUAUUCCCAUGAUUCAACAGAAGUUAAUCCUAAGUUCUAUUUGUUCUAUAUGAAAAGUAAUGAAAUAGCUACGAAAAUCUUCAAACGAA